AAAACCCUAUUUUACCAGGAAAGGGUUUAAAGUUUAAACCUUGUCUUCUCAUACUAACUAAAUGGGAACUCCAAAGAAGAAGAAGAAGAAGAAUCAAACCCCAGAAUCCCAGUUCCACUUGGACCUCAAUCUCUGCUCCAAGAACAAAGACUUGCGCGGUGCGAUUUCCCUCGUCGAAUCGGCGAUCUCCAACGGCACCCGCCUCAACCACCACCACUUCAACGCCCUCCUCUACCUCUGCUCCAAUUCCGUCUCCGACCCAUCCCUCAAGGAUUUCGCCCUCCUCAAUGGCUUCCGCAUAUUCGACCGCAUGUCGUCGGCCGGGGUUUCCCCCAGCGAGGCCGCCAUCACCGCCGUCGCCCGUCUCGCCGCCGCCAAAUCCGACGGCGAUUACGCUUUCGAGCUGGUCAGGAGCAUGAUGGGGAAGCACAAUGCCCUGCCGAGAUUAAGGACGUACGAGCCGGCGUUGUUCUGCUUCGUCGAGAAAUCGGAGGCCGAGAAGGCGUAUGAGGUCGAGGAGCACAUGGCUGCGGCGGGGGUGAGUCCGGAGGAACCCGAGAUCGCCGCAUUGCUGAGGGUCAGCUCGGAGACGGGGAGAGGGGAGAAGGUUUAUGAGUAUUUGCAUAAGCUGAGAAGCGCCGUGCGGUGCGUGAGCGAAUCGACGGCAAAGAUUGUUGAGGACUGGUUCCAUGGGGAGAAGGCUUGUGAGGUGGGUGAGGUGAAUUGGGACGUGGGGGAAAUCCGAGAGGCGGUUUCGAGGAACGGAGGAGGGUGGCACGGCCGGGGGUGGAUCGGGAAAGGCGAGUGGGUUGUGAGGAGGGCGAGUGUUGAUUCGAGUGGGCAGUGUUGCUGUUGCGGCGAGAAGUUGUUCUGUGUCGACAUUAAUGAUGAGGAGACCGAGCGGUUUGCGCAGGCGGUGGCGGCGUUGGCGAUGGAGAGGGAGGCCAAGUCGAAUUUUAGCGAGUUUCAGGAUUGGCUCGACAAAAAUGCUGAUUAUGAAGCUAUUGUGGAUGGAGCAAAUGUUGGCCUCUAUCAGCAAAAUUAUGCUGAUGGUGGUUUCAGUGUCUCUCAGCUUGAUGCCGUUAUCAAAGAACUGUAUAAUAAAAGUGGAAAGAAAUGGCCACUUGUUGUCUUGCACAAUAAGCGUUCUCGUGCACUUUUGGAAAAUCCUUCUAACAGAAACUUGGUAGAUGAGUGGAUCGACAAAGGCAUUCUCUAUACUACACCCAGUGGAUCCAACGAUGAUUGGUAUUGGCUGUAUGCCACAGUAAAACUCAGGUGCUUGCUUGUGACAAAUGAUGAGAUGCGGGAUCAUAUUUUUGAACUCUUAGGAAGCAAUUUCUUUCUCAAGUGGAAAGAAAGGCAUCAGGUCCGAUACACUUUUGUUAGAGGUAAUCUGAAACUUCAGAUGCCACCCCCAUAUUCGUCAGUCAUCCAGGAAUCAGAAAAAGGAACAUGGCAUGUUCCUAUAGCAGGUGACAGCAAUGAAGAGUCUGAAAGAAGAUGGCUGUGCAUUACUCGUCCAAGCGUUUAUAAAGCUCUUGAUGAAGUUUUGCCGAAUGCAGACUCUAUUCUAAUUAGGGACAAUUUCGGACUGCGACCGUGCACUUCGGGGAGUUUUGUCAACGGUAACAAUUUACACGGCGACCUUGAUUCAUCCGAGACUUCCGAUAGUAAAACCGGAGUUGUGACAGGAAAAAGAAAAGAGAGGUCCUUUUCUACCUCCUAACAAUAUCUUCUUUAGAAGGCAAUCUCCAUGACAAUGCACCCUAGGUUAUGAAGGUGUUCUUCACAAAUCAAGACGGUUUAUGUCGCGAGCAGUGCUGCUUUCCCCCUGGACAACUUUCCUCUAUUCUUUGUUUGUCCUUUAUUGUUUUGUUUACUAAUUUUAUUAACUUUUUUUUUUUUUUUUUACUAAUAAUUUUUAUUGUAACUUUAUUUUCGCAAUAUCAUAGACAAUAAUGUUUGGCUACUCAAAAUAAAGAAACACAAAAAUUAUUAAAGUUAAAUUUUAUUG